GCAGAGAGUAGCAGAGACAAAUAGAUAUAUAAUACAGAUAUAUAGAUAUAGAUAUAAAUAGCUAUAGAUACAGAUACAUGUACAGAUACAGAUAGAGAAAUAAAUAUACAAAUAUAGACACAUAAAUAAGGAGGUGAAUAUUUGACAGAUGGAGUCUGAAGAGAAUCUGAUCAACGUUUUCCUGCUGCUGUUCAUCGGAUCGCUGCUCACUGUGGUAGGUCCUUCUGCCCCUGAGGAGGGCUGGCAGGUGUAUAGUUCAGCUCAGGACUCUGAAGGUCGAUGUGUUUGUACGGUGGUCGCUCCUCAGCAGACGGUCUGCUCCAGAGAUGCUCGAACCAAACAGCUCAGACAGCUGCUUGAGAAGGUUCAGAAUAUGAGUCAGUCCAUUGAGGUUCUGGACCAGCGCACUCAGAGAGAUCUGCAGUUUGUGGAGAAAAUGGAAGUUCAGCUGAACGGUCUAGAAAACAAAUUCAAACAGGUGGAAGAUGGACAUGAGAACAACAUCGCUAGACAGUACAAGUCCAUAAAAGCAAAGAUGGAGGAGUUACGUCCUCUGAUCCCAGUCCUGGAGGCAUAUAAAGCGGACGCUCUGCUGGUCCAACAGUUUAAGGAGGAGGUGGCGAAUGUGACAGAGCUGCUGGGAACGCUGCAGGAACAAGUGGGAGGUCUGGACUACCAGGAGCUCCACAGCCGAGUGACGAGCCUGGAAGACAGACUGAGGGCCUGUAUGCAGAGGCUGGCAUGUGGAAAACUGACAGGAAUCUCUGAGCCCAUCACCAUCAAGACCUCUGGAUCAAGGUUUGGAUCGUGGAUGACCGACCCGGUCGCUCCCACUGGAGACAACAGAGUUUGGUACAUGGAUGGUUACCAUAACAACCGCUUUGUGAGGGAGUACCAGUCAAUGUAUGACUUCAUGAUGACAGAUAACUUCACCUCUCACCGGCUGCCUCACCCCUGGUCUGGUACUGGUCAGGUGGUUUAUAAUGGAUCCAUUUACUUCAACAAGUUUCAGAGUCACACCAUCAUCAAGUUUGACUUCAGCACAUCACUCAUCAGCCGCUCUCGACAGCUCGACUUCGCCGGCUACAACAACAUGUACCAUUAUUCUUGGGGGGGGCACUCAGACAUCGACCUUAUGGUGGAUGAGGGGGGGCUCUGGGCCGUCUACGCCACAAAUCAGAAUGCUGGAAACAUCGUUCUCAGCCAGUUAAACACAAAUACUCUGCAGAUCAUCCGUAGCUGGACCACCAACCACCCGAAACGUAGUGCUGGUGAGGCCUUCAUGAUCUGUGGAACCCUGUAUGUUACCAAUGGAUACUCGGGAGGAACUAAAGUAUACUAUGCCUACUCCACCAACUCCUCCACCUAUGAGUACAUCGAUAUUCCUCUGACCAAUAAAUACAGCCACCUCUCCAUGCUUGACUACAACCCCCGAGACAGAGCGCUAUAUGCCUGGAACAACGGCCACCAAGUCCUUUAUAAUGUUACUCUCUACCACAUUAUACAAUAAGAUUAAAAGGUACAAGUCCUGUAUAAUCUUAGACUCUACUACUUUACACAGUAACAGAAAAAAUAAAUUCAUUAAAAUUUGAGAAUAGAAAAAAACCCUACAUCCUUUAGAUCAGGCGUUGCCAAACUUUUCCCCUUACAGGGCCAAAAUGAAACGUAAAAUCACGGGCAAAAGUCAAACACCUAUUGUAUGAUAUUGUAUUGUUUAGAUUUAAAAUGGUUCUAGCAUUCCAAGUUCCCUUAAUUGACUGACUGUGCAAAGUGUUAGUCUUCCUGCUGUGCUCAGAUCAUUAAAUAUAAUUAAUAUUUAUGGAUCCGAUAUAUAUUUAAAGAAAAAAUAAAUUUAUAUAACUUUUUUAAUUAAUUUGGACUUUUUUUCUCUAGAAACAUCUGGUUGGCCAAAUCAGACAUUAUGGUGUGCCAACUUUGGGCAGCCCUGCGUUAGAUAAAUCCUCAAGUACAUUUUUGACCACGUGUUGUUUGAAGUUUGAUGAUACAAAUGCACUUCAAGUGUAAACACACAUCACAUAGAAAUUCAACUUUCACAAUAAUAGACACUCAAAUGGCACUGAAGAAUGCUACACAUGUGUUAUCAAGACUUUUUUCUGUGAGUGAUAUUUUCUGACUUUAUGAAAUCAGACGUACUGUUCUUACUCUUAAGUAAUAAUAAUAAUAAUAAUAAUAAUAAUAACUUUUCUUACUGUUGUGCACAGUGAUAUAAAACAUUUAGGACUAUUUCUUUUCUAAUAAUUCCCUAAUUUUUAAAAUUAGUUGUUGUAGGUUUAGCAGGUUUACCCCAACAUUUUUCUCUCCAUCUUUUCAUGUGGUUUUACCACACACAAAGAAUUCUGGGCGAUGUAGACCCCUCAGCAGCCUCAUUCACAAAUCUGGUCCUCCUCAGCUGGUUUCUGAAUACUGCUGAAGCUACAACUUAAACAUUAGAAAUAUAAUUCUUUUAUAUUCUGUGAGUGUUUGCUGUUUAUGUAUAUUCAUCAACUUCAUGUUAAAGUAUUUUUUCAUACAACUCUCAAUUCUUCUGGUCUGCUGGUACAUUCAGUCCUUAAUUCCAAGCAUUAUCUGCAUCCGUCCAUCUUCAGCUCAGGAGCCUCCAUCACCAGGUCAGGCAUGUUGGUCAGAAACAUCAAAUGGAUGUAAAAAAUGUGAGACUUGAUUUAAUUCUACAGGUCCAAGUUUGAAACAUAUACAGCUCAGUGAUGAUUUGUCACGUUUGGAGGACUUCGGUUUUUUCUGGUUUCUUUUGUUCUUCAUUUCUUUUGUUCUGGUACCUUCAUUUUUUUCGUCCAUUUUUUUUACACAUAUACUAAAUAUUUGAGUUUUCUGUGUAAAUUUGAUCUGCGUGUAGGAGUAAGUGAAGACAACACUGAAAAUAUAUGAAUUUAUUGAAACUAUUGUAGUUGAUUUCAACAAUAACAGAAAUUUUCUAUUGUUACUUCUUUGUGUUUUGUAUUUCAGAUACAGAUUCGUACUCUAUUUGAUGUCAGACUUCUGCCUCUCGUUCCACAGUGCAGUAAUUAAGUGUUAUGAACUGAUGGGAAAAGCAGGAGAUGUUUUAUUAUACAACAGACUGCAUGUAAAAUGUUAAAGGAUUGCUCAGUUUUUGUAGCCACUAGCCUUAACAGCUGAUGAGUUUUGGAUUGUAUCACAAUCAUGAUGUUGCUUUUUUGUUUAUUUAUUAGUUGUUGAUUUUUUACAAAAGUAAAAUAAAUAAACUUUACAGCCUA